CUCUCGUAGACUGCAAGAUUGCUCGAGACGCAGAUGGGGGCCACGCACAAUUUGCCUCAUACAUGAAAAGCAAAAAUGUCUCUGAGUUGAACGAUGCUAUGGAGUAUUUUCAGUUGGUUCUGAACCAGUGUCGGGUCGGCCAUCCGGACCGCGCAACGGCUCUCACCAAUCUCGCAUGGGUUCGCCUUGUGGGCUACAUCCAAAAUGAUGUCGAAGACAUUGAUACUACCACUUCCCUCUUCCGCGACGCCCUUGCAUUGCGUCCGCAGCACCAUCCCGAUCAUCCCUUAUCCCUAUAUAAUCUCACCGAAGCGCUGAAUUGGAGUCACGACAAGAAAGGUACUGCUGCAGACAUCUGCGAAGCGGCCCAACUCUAUCAUGAGCUACUACCUCUCUGUCCAGAGGGCACGUACCUUGGUAGCAUCGUGGCAGGGGAAAAUGGUGUUGAUUAUGUGAUCGGCGGAUGCAACAAUCUUCCAACAGACGGAUCUGAUGAAGGCAUCCACCUUCGAAGAGUCGUCCUCGAGCUCUGUCCUCUGGGCCAUCGACUUCGUCCCAGAACCCUCCACCAGCUUGCACAAGCAGUUGAAGCACAGUUUUAUCAGCAGGGCAACAUCGAUGAUCUUGACACGAGCAUACAGCUUCGUCGUGAAGCCGUGUCUCUGCGUCCCGAGGGACAUGCUGACCGUGAUGCCUGCCUGAACAACUUGGCCUUUUCACUCAUGUCCCGCUUCAAGCAUCAAGGCAAUCAUAAUGACCUUGAUGAAGCCAUAUCUUUGUACCAAGAAGCGCUGCAUCUGUACCCUGUUGGGCACGAAUAUCGUGAUCGCUCACUGGACAACCUAGGGGGCGCCCUUGUCGAGCGUUUCAACCAACGUGACGACAUUGAAGACAUGACCCGAGCCAUCAACCUCUAUCGCGAGGCGCUGACGUUGCGCCCACCUGGGCAUCCACAUCGUGACACCACGCUUAACAACCUUGCCGUCGCAUUCCAAAACAGAUAUGACAAAUUACAAGUCAGCGAGGAUCUUAACGAGGCCAUUGAUCAGCAUCGCGAAUCCCUUCGGUUAAAGCGGCUUGACAAUCCAGAGCGCCAUAAGACUCUUUUGAAUUUGGGCUCGGCGCUUUGCUCUCAUUUCAAGGAAACUCAGAAGACCGAAGAUGUCGAGGAGGCCAUUGCUCUUUGCCAAGAAUCAUUGGCGACUCUGUCUUCACUGCACCCGGACAGGUGUUGCAGCUACAUGUGGCUGCAGAAGGCAUAUCUGUCUCGUUACUGGAUUCUACACGACCCUGCUGAUUUGUCGCUUGCAAUGGAGAACUUCAGACUCGCGUCAAGACAUUCUACUCAAGGGUUCCCACAACGUAUCUUUCGCGCAUUUUAUUGGACCAUUGCAGCCGAGCAGCAUGGUCAUGAAUCCGCGCUGGAAGCCUACUCGACUUUUCUCGAGCUUCUGGAUGCUCAUUUGGCCACGCGGUCUUCGGCAACUUCACGACGCGAAGCUGGUGCUGCCUUCCAUUACGCCAGAACACUCCCAGCAGAUGCAGCAUCAUGUGCCAUCCGCUGUGACAAUCUACCACAUGCAAUUGAACUUGUAGAGCAGGGCCGUGGCCAGCAAUGGUCGCUGGCCUCCCGACUCAGGACUCCAGUUGAAGCCCUUGAGUCAGCGAAUCCGGCACUGGCGCACAAUUAUCUAGGGCUGAGCAAACUCGUUUCCAGUGCGGCCCAGAGUUCUGCAACCAUCACUGAUAGCGCUGCUGCUGAUCGGGCAGCAAUAGAAUACAGGAGACUUACAAGGCAAUGGGAAGCUGCUGUAGCUGAGAUACAUGAUCUUCGGGGGUUCUCGCGGUUUCUGCUCCCACCUCUGUAUGCAGACCUGCAAGUAGCAGCGCGCCAGGGCCCGAUCAUCAUCUUCAUCGCUAGUCAAUACUCAUGCAGCGCUAUCAUCGUCCCGACAUCAGGAGACCCUCAUCAUGUUCCUUUGCCUGUUACUCUCACAGAUCUGAAGAUUCUCAAAGAUCGCUUCGCCAGGGCAAUCCGAGAAGCAUCUCAGAUGACCCCAACGCAGUCGAGGACGGAUCUAAUAGUUCUCUUGCGGAUAUUAUGGGACGAGAUUAUGCUACCCAUCGUCGACGUCCUCCGGCAUAAUCUGAAACUAAAAUACUGUCGAAUCUGGCUGUGUCCAACUGCCGCUUUCACGUCUAUUCCUCUCCAUGCAGCUCACCCCUUUCAAACAAAGCCAGAUCGUUCUGGGAAGGAGCAAUGCCUGGAGGAUCUCUACAUCUGCUCUUACACGCCGACACUUUCGUUCCUGGUCAGAUCUAGACAGUUGAUGAAGAAGCGUAUGCCUCCGUCCUUUGUAGCGAUCGGACAAGGUCAACCGGGUGCAGGAAAAGGCAAGGCACUCUUGGCUGUCGACAGUGAGCUCGAGCUUGUCAAUAAGCUCGUCCCUGCGACGGCCAAACACACUACUAUUUCUGGGGACGCAGCCACACGAGCAGGUGCGCUCGAAGCUUUGGAGCAGAACACCUGGGUGCACCUAGCUUGUCAUGGCAAGCAGGACCCAAAGCAGCCUUACAAUUCCCAUUUCGUCAUGAGGGAUGAAGAUCUGACGCUGCUCGAUAUCAUGGAAAGAGACAUUCCGCAGGCUGAGUUCGCGUUCCUAUCAGCGUGUCACACCGCCGUUGGCGAUGAGGAGACUCCCGACGAAGUGAUUCACCUCGCAGCUGGUCUCCAGUUUUCGGGGUUCAAGAGCGUCAUUGGGACGCUGUGGCAGGUCGACGACUCUGUCGCACAACACAUCGUCAAAGCCUUUUAUGAGAAUAUGUUCCCAGAUUUGAAGGAUGGAUGUGCGAUGGAUUGUACGAAGGCGGCCUGGGCACUGAACCGUGCUACGCACGCUGUGAAGACGACAGUGCCGCUGGAGCAGAGGAUGGUCUUCGUUCAUAUUGGUGUGUAGUUCUACAUUGUAUUGCUAUC